UUACCUUUAUAACGCGUAUACAGACUGAAUCAAAGAGCACCCUAGACUAGAUCCCCUUUGCCCCCCAAAAGCAGCAAUUUACGCCGCAAAACUUCACUGAAACAAUUACCUUUAACAACCCCACUUAUUCCCCUCCAUUUGCUCCUCUUAUCAAGCCUUUUGCUAAAAUCUUAAGACCCACAAUCCACCAAAGAUCAGCCCUUUUCUUUUGUUUCGUUUUCCCGUUCUGUUCUGAUCAAUUUUAUUUUUUUGGGUUGCUGUGAUGGCGGAUAUUGUGAAACAGAUCUUGGCGAAGCCGAUUCAGUUAGCGGACCAAAUAACGAAAGCAGCGGACGAAGCGAGUUCGUUCAAGCAGGAGUGUGCGGAGCUUAAAUCCAAGACGGAGAAGCUCGCUGGCUUGCUCCGACAAGCGGCCCGUGCGAGUUCCGACCUUUACGUACGUCCCACGCGCCGCAUUAUCGACGACACUGAACAAGUCCUCGAUAAAGCCCUCUCUUUGGUCCUCAAAUGCCGUGCCAACGGCAUUAUGAAGCGCGUGUUAACGAUCAUCCCUGCUGCUGCCUUCCGUAAAAUGUCUUCUCAACUUGAGAACUCAAUCGGCGAUGUUUCCUGGCUUCUCCGCGUCUCAGCUUCAGCCGACGAUCGCGACGACGAGUACUUAGGCCUUCCUCCGAUCGCUUCUAACGAGCCUAUUCUACACCUAAUUUGGGAACAGAUCGCGAUUCUUUACUCUGGUUCACUAGACAACCGGUCCGAAGCGGCUGCUUCGCUUGUUUCACUGGCCAGAGACAAUGAUCGGUACGGGAAACUGAUUAUAGAAGAAGGAGGGGUUGCGCCGUUAUUGAAAUUAAUCAAAGAAGGGACGGUGGAAGGUCAAGAAAACGCCGCCAGAGCAAUUGGGCUUCUCGGCCGGGAUCCUGAAAGUGUCGAGCACAUGAUCCAAGCCAGCGUUUGCACAGUGUUUGCGAAAAUCCUAAAAGAAGGUCCAAUGAAAGUUCAAGCCGUGACUGCGUGGGCGGUGUCUGAAUUUGCAGCCCAUUAUCCCAAAUGCCAAGAUUUGUUUGCCCAACAUAACAUAAUCCGAUUACUGGUUAGUCAUUUGGCGUUUGAAACUAUUGAAGAACAUAGCAAAUAUGCAAUUGCUAGUCAUAAGGCUUCAAUCCAUGCAGUGGUUAUGGCGAGUAAUAAUAACUCAAAUGUCAAUAAUGUGAAAAAUGUUGUCGAUGAAGAUCACCAGCCUCAGAUUCGGCAUCCGAUGGGGAACCGAAAGCCGAAUCAGAUGGAUAUGCAUAAUGUGGUUACAAAUACUAUAGCAAUGCAAGGAGGGGUGAAGCUACCACAAAAGCCGAGUAAUAAUCAUGUUGGCUAUGCCAAACAAACACACCAAGUUAAUUAUCUGCAUCAGCAGAAUGGUUCGAUGUCAGGGGUGAAUACUAAGGGAAGGGAAUCGGAAGAUCCUGCUACCAAGGCUUACAUGAAAGCAAUGGCAGCUAGAGCUUUAUGGCAUCUCGCUAAGGGGAAUCCACUUAUCUGCAGGAGUAUAACCGAGUCCAGAGCAUUGCUUUGUUUUGCGGUUUUGUUAGAAAAAAGAACAGAAGAAGUGCGGUUUAAUUCGGCUAUGGCAUUGAUGGAGAUUACAGCUGUGGCAGAGCAGGAUCCUGAUUUGAGAAGGUCUGCAUUCAAGCCCAAUUCGCAUGCUUGUAAGCUCAUAGUCGACCAGCUGUUGAAGAUAUCUGAGCAGGCUGAUUCAGAACUGCUGAUUCCUUGUAUCAAGGCUAUUGGUAAUCUGGCUAGGACGUUUCGAGCGACGGAGACAAGGAUGAUUGCACCGUUGGUUAAACUUCUCGAUGAAAUGGAAGCCGACGUUUCCAAGGAAGCUGUGAUUGCACUUGCCAAGUUUGCUUGCACAGACAACUAUCUACACCUCGAUCACUCCAAGGCAAUUAUUAGUGAAGGAGGUGCAAAGCAUUUGGUCCAGCUUGUGUACUUUGGGGAACAAAUUGUUCAACUCCCAGCAUUACUUCUCCUAUGCUACAUUGCCCAACAUGUACCGGACAGCGAAGAACUCGCGCAAGCCGAAGUCCUCUCGGUGCUCGAAUGGGCGUCGAAGCAAUCCAACUUGACCCAGAAUGAAACGGAGCAGACGCUUUUACAGGAGGCCAAAACUAGAUUGGAGUUGUAUCAGUCUAGAGGUUCAAGGGGAUUUCAUUGAUCCAAUAUCGUAUCAUGAUUCUAAUAGAGUGUCCAUAGACUUAGAGGUCUUCCAUAGUCUAUGAUAAGUAUUUGCACACUUGUUCUCCUGUCCGAAUCACAACCAUUUGUUAGUUUAUAAAUUAUUGUUAAAUUCACUUAUGAAAAGUUUGCCUUUUGUUAUGUA